CUCCGCGCGCCGAAGGUUGUGUUUUUCGGUUUCCGUUAGAUUUGUUCCAAAAACCAUUUCGAAAAACAUGCGUUAAAUUGCCGGGAAACGAUAUCACGCAAUGAUAUUUGAUUUCUUCCAAAGGGAAUAUAUAUUGUUACUAUGAUUGUCCUAUAUAUUCCAAACGAGCCAAUCGUUUUUGGGCCGUGAAGCGGGAUUUUUUGUUUAUGUUCUUUGGAAAACUGUGUGCGAAUAAAAAACCCUUUACGCGAAGUGAAGUGAAAAUUCGAAUCACUUUGUGCAUAUUGAAACAAUAUACCCGCAAUAUUGAUACUACUUAAUAUGAUUUGAUCCAAUUCGAGGCAAUUUUCCCAAAAUUGUUUUAAAAAAAUAAAGAUAAACACAAAAAUAACGAACGAAAUUUGCAUACAAAUCUAGGGAUUGGCGGAUAUCUUUAAAAGGUUUGUGCUUUUAGGUUCCGGCCCCAGCUGAGGAAAACCAACAGAAAAGACCAAGAAACCGAACAGUGGAAGGCGCUCUGGGGAGAGAUAUCAACACCAGAUCGCUCAAUAUCGAACCGAACCGAAACGCUAAUCCGAACCAGACGCGAUGCACUGCAACCAAAAGCGUAACGAAAACACGACGACAAAUCUUUGCUAAGGUCUGAAGAAUAAAAAAAAAAAAAAUAAAUAAAUAAUAAGAAAACAAAAUAUUGAAAUCGAAAGCUAAGGCAAGGGAACUGUGAUUUGAGUUCCAGAAAGAUUAAGAAUAAACUACCGACGCGAUGGCCAUGUUGGAGGCGAGGCCGUACAGGCCAUUUAAGUCCAGCGAGGAGUACCUGGAGGCCAUGAAGGAGGAUCUGGCCGAAUGGCUCAGCACACUCUAUCCGGAACUGAGCAUCAAUGCCGAAAACUUCAUGGAUCGCUUGGACACAGGCGUGGCAUUGUGCAAGCACGCAAAUUAUGUGAGACAGGCGGCGGAGGAUUAUCUGGCUCGGCGACAGGCCCGCAACAAAUCGAUGACCCGCUCGAUGACCUCGGGUCUGGCGGGUCCAAUUCUGGCCAUGGGCAACGUCCACUACCUUCCGGCCGCCAAAAGUGGCACCUUCUUCGCCCGCGACAAUGUGUCCAACUUUAUAACCUGGUGCAGAAAAAGUCUAAAGAUCAUCGAGUGCCUGCUGUUCGAAACGGACGAUCUGAUCAUGCGCAAAAACGAAAAGCACGUGAUCCUUUGCCUUUUAGAGGUGGCACGUCGGGGCGCCAAAUUUGGCAUGUUGGCUCCCAUGCUGGUGCAAAUGGAGCGACAAAUCGAUCGAGAGAUCGCCGCCGACAUCAAGGCCAAUGGCGUUGGCUCCUCGGAGAGUGGAACCCAAACGGAGGCCAUUAGCUCCGGAAAUAGUACGGCCACAACGACGACAAUAACAACCACCACAGUGGAGACGGAUCUGUAUGAUGACAGUGAUGAUUCGGAGACCGAGGAUGAUGGCGAUGAGAAUCCAGUGCUGAUGUACGGCCCACAGCCUCAGAUAAUCACCAAUGAUCUUAAGAGCCUCGACGAGAUGGUCAGGGAUCUGGUGGAGAAGUGCACAUGCCCCUCGCAGUUUCCCAUGGUCAGAGUGUCCGAGGGCAAGUAUCGUAUUGGCGACACCAAAGUUCUUAUCUUUGUGCGGAUCCUUCGUUCCCACGUGAUGGUGCGCGUCGGUGGCGGUUGGGACACGUUAUCCCACUAUCUGGACAAGCACGAUCCAUGCCGCUGCCGUGCCCAGCAUCGCAGCUCCGUGGCCGCCCGCCUAGUUCCUCGCCAGUCGCCGAACCACAACCCCAGCAACGGCAUUGAGCUCCACAAGGCACAGGUGAUAUUCGAGAGGUCACCGCCAGCAGCUCGUCGGGUUUUCAAUAGCCCCAAUUGCAAUGGGGGACCAGGAACAGUGGUGGGCGCGGGUUCAGCCAGUGGAACAGGAUCCUCAUCAGCAGCAGGAACAGGACUGGGUGUGGGUGUGGCCCCGCCUCCGCCGCUCCAGAACGGUCACAGUCUUUCGCCGAAUUCGGGAAAGUACCGCAGUCGCAGUCCGACGCCGCAGCGCAAGUUUCUCAACCAGCAGACGAAUGGAGGAGCAGGAGGCAGUGCCUACGCAACGGGUUCCAGCCAUACAGUCAUCACAGAAUCCACUGGUGGUCAGUUGCUCGGAUCGCCCAGUUUGGCCAGGCGAUCCAUGUCGCCGAGUCCUCGCCGUUUGAUAGAUAUGCGCAAGAAACAGGUCUCCUUGGAUUCGUACAGCAGUGGUCCGAAAUCCCUGCCUGGAUACAGUUGCUCCUCCAUGGAGGAGGCGAAUGGCGGAUCUGCUGUCGGGUCGGCAGCAGGCGUAGGAUCAGGACCAGGAUCAGGAGGAUCGGGGGCAGCGGCGGCGGCGGCUGCGGCGGAGCAGGGUGGCGCCAACAAAUUCGAGAACAUCAGCGACAACGGCAGUGAGAUCAGCGAUGAGGGCUACCGCAGCCUGGGCGUCAUCCAGUCCGGAGCCCAGAAACGCGAGUCCCUCCACAGUCAGGCUUCCAUUGAGGACGCUGAAAGCAAUGCGCGUCUUGACCAGACCUCCAGCGACUCGCAGAUCUCGCCCUCCGAUGAGCCGACAUCCGAUGAGAAGACAGCCGUGGACAUUCUGGAAGAGGUGGAUCUAAAUGGCCAUGACCGCGAGCACGAGGAGCACGAGGACUACUCGGUGUGCGAUGGGCCACAAUCCCUGCCGGCGAUCCUUAGCGUGGCCCACAAGCUAAACGACAAGUUCGAGCAAUCCGGGGUCUUCAUCACCGACGACGAGAUCACCGUGGACAUGGCCAAGACCGAGGAUCAAUCGGUGGCUCCUGCUGCGGCACUUCAGACACCCAAUCUCAGCAAGAUUCCGCGCUCUCCGCUGGCGCAGCGUCGUCGCCGGAGCAUCGAUAAUAGUACCUGUGGCGGUGCCGGCGGAAGUCUGCAGGACUUGAGCAGCCGCUCGGGUUUACCGGCUCCGGCUUUUAGCCGCAAACAGCCGGUCUAUCGAUCCGUGCGAACGCGCAACUCCACGGGUGCCACGCCCACACCGGUGGCGCCGCCCCGAUCACGUCAAGCCACCCAAUUGCCCAUGGUGCGGGAUGUCACCAAUACGUGGAGCGGACGAGCCACGGGAGCACCAAAGAGGAGACCUCCCUGCACCGCCGACACCUUUGUGGCGCCACCCACAAAUGGAACUGGAGCAGCAGCAGCAGCAGCAGGAUCCUUUGAGCGCAACGGCAAGGCACGCUCCUCGCAAAUCCUCUACGACAGCAAUGGCCGGCGGGUGAGAAGUGGAGCACCCGGCUGCACCAGUUCGCUGACCACGUCGCCUGUGAAGAAUCACGCCUCCUCACCGCUGGCCCAACAACUCCUAGAGGCGGCCAGCAGCGCCAAGAACGAUGCCCAAAUUCUGGAGAAGAUGAAGUCGCUACUGUCGCGCUAUGCGGCUGGUAACCAAGCGAAGGCAGGUGGAACAGCGGCGGCCAAUAAGAUCAACAGCAAUGGCAAGAAGACACCGGUCUACGAGGACUUCACCACGGCCUGGGUGCACAGCAAUGGGAAUCUGGAGCGUUCGGAGAGCUGUUCUCCUCCAGCCAAGGCACGAUCCAAGCGAAGCUCCGCCGCCAGUUCCUGCGAGAGCAACAACUCGAAUGCGGGUGGAGCAGGAGCCGGAGCUGGUUCAUCCAGUGUGGUAUCGCCCAGGCGGGAGAGGGGCAUGUCCAAGAUCCCGGCGCCAGUGCGUCAUCAUACAGAGCUUUACUAGCAGCGCCGGAGGACGCCAAGCGUCCAGGUCCGUUUCCAAGCCAAGUCGAGGGUUUUCUGAAAAGCCUCUAAGCGAGCAGAGGAGCAGCAAGCAGGCGACAAGGAAGUGAAGGAGUCAAAUGACUUGGGGAUCGGGGGUAGUACAUACAUAUAUGUAUAAGAUAGGGUUAAAGCCAAGCUGGAAUUGUCUGCUGCUGCUACGGCGUGUGUGUGUGCGUGGAAAGCAGAGAAGAGAUUAAGAAUCAGAAGAGAAGAAUCUAGGAGAAGAAUCAGAAAAUCCAUUUAAAGAUUUCAGCCCAAAAGAUAGUCCGAUAAAAGUUGGGAAUGAAAAUGGAGAAGCAUCAAGGAUACCAUCUCAAAAGACAAAGUAUAGAAAGUGACCCCACUCCAAAAGGAAAUCCCAGGGGAAAGCCAUAGCUAUAGGAAACGCAAAUCAGAAUCAGGAUCGAUCAAAAUGUCGAGUGAAGAAAGCAAAACUGAAACUGCCUCAUAGACAGUCAGGUCAGAGUCCCUAGCAGCCAGAGACCCCAAAGCAUAUCACCCUUAUAAACAGCUCUCUAUCCGAGCAACCUUUUCUUAAACUAUAACUUUCAACUAUAACGAACCCCCCCUAUAAUCAUCGUUAUAUAAGCUCUCUACGUUAUCAACUCUCUUUCCGUAUAACCACAUAAUAUACUACGCUAAUACGCAGGCUCCAAUUUCCUUAAACUUUAUAUUUCCAAAUAGAUCUUAUAGUUUUCAUUUUUGUGACUUUAUAAAAUAACAGCAUUUCCGUAACCAAAAAUAGGCAUUUGAUUUGUAUUUAAAGCUAGCGUAUAAAUGUGGUUAAUUGUGAAUUUUAUGAUGCCCCCAGUUCGCUUCGAUCUGUGCUGAUCUAGGGUAAUGAAUAUACCAUAUAUACAAUCCAAAUUUGAGACUCGAGUAAAAAUUUUAAAUCAAUUUUUUGCCUAGGCCUAGAACAGGAAUUUUAAAUCUACACGAAAGCGAAAACAAUAUCGAAUAUAUCUAUUUAAAAGCAUAAGCACACACCACACACACAUGAUCGCAAACACAUAGAGGGCGCAUACAUAGUUUUCUAGAAAUUUUUAAAAGUAAAGCCAACCAAAUUCUUCAGAUUCGAAUUGUAGCGAAGCAGAAUACCAUUUAUUUUUGUACGCUUGAUCAGAGGAACCGGCAGAGAUCGUGAGAUCUGGAUGGAUGAAUAGCUUUUAGACAACUCGACUUUUACAGUAUAGCUAUAUAUAUACAAGAAAGAGUGGAUUCGGUUAGGGAUAUAGCAAGCAUAGCUAGGAAAUGAAGCGAACGCCCCGCAAACACCUUCGAUAAGUGGGUGCUCCUUGGUCUGGGAACUCCAAAAUCACGCUCUUCAAAACCACAAACCUGCACCACCAAAAAGACACACACACCACACAAGGGAUACAGUGCGUUCCCGAAGUUAUGGGCAGUUUAGUUCGAAUUUAAUGAUCUUAAACUAUAAUGAAAGUGAUUCAAUAACAGAUCUAGAACGCACUGUUUCUGCCAAGCAUACUUUAUAUGACACACAUAAAAAUAUAAAACACAAAACAAGAAAAACGGUCACAAAAAAAGGAAAAUAACUGAGAAACUAUAGCUUUUGAUGGGGCAGAAGGAUAUCGUUAUAAAGAAAAACGGCAUCGUAGAGCGAACGAACGAACCAUAGCAUAAUUAUCAGAACCCUUAAAAUUUCUACUAUUAUAAAACACAUAUGAUUAUCUUUUUUUUUCUUUAGCCUUAGCAAUGUUAACAUUUAGUUUAGUACAUCGUACCUAUGAUCAUGUAGUUACAUAUAUAGAUUGUAAAUUGUGUUUGUCCAAUUGCCCCCAUGUUGUAUAGUUAUUAUGUACUCGUAAAAUCGGCCUUAAUGUUCAGUCUGUCGAUACCUUAAUCAGUUUCAUUUUGUUUUUUUUUUUUUUUUAAUUUCUUUUUGUAUAAUUUCUAUUUGAAUUUAAGUUGCGUUUUUCAGCUUUUUAUUGUACACCAAAUGAUACCAAUUUAUGUAUAGAAUCGAAGUGGCGAGAGAGAUCGCAACCAAAAUAAUUAAUGAUUAAUUGUUUAACAAUUAAAUUGUUCCAAUACACAGACACACACACAUAGACAAAAACACCCACACACAUAAACACCGGACCCGUGGUGUAGUUACAAUUAUAGAGAAUUAAGUAAUCCAAUCGAUUUGCAUGCCAAAAGGUUGAUAGCUAAUCGGGCGAAAAGAGGAGGAGGAUAUUGCACCACGGGUUCUCGAGCGCUGGCCAUGAUGAGCAUCGCAUCACAUCGCAUCGCAUUGCAUAUAAUAUAUUCGGAUAUCUAUCGCAGAACAUAUAAAGUGUAUUUUAAAUACAGCUAAAGUGUAAUUAUCAAUUCAUUUCGAAAGCAAACUAACUAUUACAAAUGGGAUAGAUUAGACCGCAAGGGUGUACUCUAAGCGAACAGCAGCAUAAUUGAUUUUAAUCACAAGAAUUUAAUUAAUAAAAGCCUAUAUACAAAUAUAUAUAUAAUGAAAACCAACAAA